AGUGUUGGAGCAGCUCAGAAAACAUCAGAGCUCAGUGCUUCACCCCAACUACGGCACUCCUUUUAGCUCAAUUGACGACACGCUGCACAGACUGCUGCCUUACCACCUCUACCAGGGAACUGCAAACUCCUCCCAAGAUUAUCAGAAAGUGGACGAUGAGUUUGAGAGGGUCUCCUGCCAGCUGCUGAAGAGGACGCAGGCCAUGCUGGAUAAAUAUCGUUACCUGCUGUUUGCAGAGUCUAAACAGAGACUGGGCCCCUCGGCAGAGAUGGUGAUGAUCGACAGGAUGUUCAUUCAGGAGGAGAAGGUCGCCUUGAGUCAGGACAGGAUCUUGGCGAAGGAGAGACCAGAGGAGUUUGUGGCCAGCGUUCGAAUGUUAGAGAGCGGAGUUUCAUCCCAACAAAAGCUGUCGCCUCCUGAGGUCUCCUCAGUGAGUUCAGGCGCAUCAGUUCCUGUUCCCGUUGUGGUACCUGCUGCUCCCGUCCCAGCUCCUCUUCCCAACGUGACACCGAACCCUCCUCCUGCUCCGGUUCCCGCUCCAGCUCCUGCCCCUCCCUCCCACUCCCCGUUCCCGCCAACCAAACUGGUCAUAAAGCAGGGCGGAGGCGGAGCCUCGGUGUCCUGGUCCUCCAGCUGUCCGGAGCCGGCCGGUCAGACCUCCGCCUUCAGCCGCUCUCCAGUGGCGUCGCCUUCGCCCGACGACGACGACGCUCUCCCUCAGCGGACCAGCAAACCGCCCAUCAAGACCUACGAGGCUCGCAGGAGGAUCAGCCUGAAGCUGAAGAUCAAGCAGGACCAGACGGGCUUCAGCAAGGUGGUCCACAACACCGCCCUGGACCCGGAGCACGCCCCCCAGCCUCGGCGGAGCGGCCAGUCCACGCCCGAACCUCGGGCUCAGCCAGAACCCGCCAAGUCCCACCUUCCAUCGACGCCUCCCAGAGCCCAGUCCCCGGCGUCGGUCCCCACAACAACCACUCAGUGCAACCCCCUGCUGAGAGACGGCGCUCCCCCCACUGCCUCCUCUUCCUCCUCGUCGACGCAGAUGAACGGAUCGUUGGACCACAGCUCCAAACACAGCCCCGCCUCCAUCGCCGCCCCCCCGCAGACCACCUGCCGGCUGCCGCUUCGAAAAACCUACCGGGAGAACGUCAGUCCCCGGGUCCGGCCCGGGGUCCCGGGAGGAGGCGGGGACAGCCUGUCCCACCCCGGAACCACCCCGUCGCCCCCCGGGCACGAGGCCUCCACCCCUCCCUCAGAGCGGACGGUCAUAGCCAGCGUGAAGGUGGACCGGAGAGAGCGGGGGGGUCUGGGGUCGGACCGGGUGAAUGAGGUGUUGGGCCGCGGCGUGAGACCUGCGCAGCACCACCACCUCUCGCUGCUCCUGAACAGGGAGGGGGCGCAGGACCGGGGGGAGGAGCGCGCCGACCAGGAGCCGGACGUCGGCAAAUACAAAAGGCUGAACGAGAAAAACCGACACAGGACAGGAGGGACGUUCAGAAUGGACCAACACGCCCCUGGGCCCCCCUCCCCGGAGUCCUCCUUCACACGGGACUCCCACCUUCCUGCCAAACGCUGCAAGUCGGACUCCCCCGACAUGGACAACGCCAGCUUCUCCAGCGGCAGCCCUCCAGACGACUCCCUGAACGAGCACCUGCAGUGCGCCAUCGACAGCAUCCUCAACCUGCAGCAGGAGCCCCCCGCCUGCGGCCUGCACAUCAGGGGGGGCAGCGGCAGGCCCCACCACCAAAGCCAGCGCCCGGGGGACUCGGCCGCCUCGUCUCACAGGCCGUCGGUCCCGGCCCCCUCGUCCGCCUCGCCGUCGUCCUCGCUGGCCCAGCAGGUCGGGGGCCGAGGCCACAACGGCAGCCUGGUGCCCCAGACUCAGAGCAGAUAACAGCCCCCCAGGGGGCCGGGUCACGGACGGUUCUACUCUGCCGCGCUCAGCUGGAUGUGUUUGUCCUUUUUGAAUUGUCCAGACGUUUCUGUCUCAUGCAGUCCGAACUUCCUGCUAGAAUAAAUGUGCUGACUCGACAUUUUGACCUGUUUUUCUUUUCUUUUUUUUUUGUUAGCAUCAAGAUGAGUUUCCCUUUUCACCUUUUUUCCUUUCUGUAUGUGAACAUUCCUUUCACGCGGUCUGAGCAGCAGAACGGUGUCCCUCUGAGUUUGUUUCUACAGUUCACAAAGGGUUAAAAGCAUUACGUCACUCUUUAUUAUCUGCACCUGUUCAGCCGAACACACCUACACUGCAAAAAAUAUCACCUAACCAAGUCUUGCACACUUAUAUUCAGAAAAAAAAAUUUUUAAUCUUGAUUUGAUGCAGAAUGUGUUAGAUUAUUACACCUUUUUUAUUAAGUCUAACAAGAUUAAUAAUCUCUUGCUUCAUAUAUCAGCCUCAAAACAAAAUCAAAAAUACUUUUAUGUUGGAUAGAAGUGUGUAAGACUUUAGAUUGAAACUUUAUGCAGCGUAGUCGAAGCAUUUAGGCAUCUAGAUGUUGAAAAUGAGCAUCAGAGGAAGAGAAGUGGGUAAAAGCGAUUUUAACAUGUUUUUUUUUCUUGAAGAUGUCAUUCUGAAGUUUUCUAUUUUUUUUUUUUAGACCUGAGAUGGUUUGGGUUUUAAAACCUCACAAAGUCAAAUAAAAGUCGUUUUCGUCACGUCUACACGCCUAAAUGCAUGGAGUGAUCGGCUGAUAAUCUGUUUGCAUUAAAAACGAUAGAAAUAAAGUCCCAGAUCAGCGUAAAUAACUGUAAAAGGUCACAAUAGUUACUGUUUUUUAUAUAUUUCACAAAGACGACGCUGCCUUACAGAAUCAAACAGCACAUUAACUUUUGUUUUAUUUGGCUCGUCGGCCUCAAAGCUGCAAAAGUUUUAACGUUUAAACGUGUUUCUGAUACUGUAAAACCAUGAUGUCAGAAUAUAAAAGGUGUUUUUUGUUUUGUUUUCAGACCACUCUUCCUCUGGCUCUCACGUUCUGUCGGGUCGGAGCGUUAUGCAUUUUGAUCAGCAGGGGUCAGGCCGGUUUUAGCUCGUUUUCUGUGUGUUUUCAGCUUUUCUGACGCUUUUUUUUUUCUUUUUCUUUUUUUUUGGACAAUUCAAACACAAACACAGCACAAGCAUUGAAAUGGAGAUUUUAAAAAAAGGAACGAUAAUAAUGUACAAAAUAAAAAAAGACCGGAAGAGAAUUUGAAGUAUAGUAUUACAGAUUAAUUUUGUAUUGUAUUUAUUGUGUAUAAUGACACUUUUUAAAAAGAAAUGUACAUUUAGUAAGACUGUAAAUUAAACCUUGCUUCUUUUAUGAAACAGUUAA